UCUGCUUCCACUUUCAUUCAGUAUAAGAAAAAUCCUCACCGGAAGUCUCCUUGGCGAUGACGAGGUAUUUUCUAUACGAGAAUUCGACUUUGCCACAGCCGCCUCCGACACCAUGCUCAGAUGGGAAUUAUGCGACACAGCAAUCGACUCUGCCACCGCCACCUCCACCUCCAACACCACCGUCAAAAGGGGGUUUGUCGACGGAAGCGACGACGGGGAUCUCGGUGGGGACAGUGAUAGCAUUCUUAAGUCUGCUGCUUGGUGUAGUCAAAUUGGUCAUGCGGUGCAGAGAGAAAAAGAAAAAUAACCAAAAGCUUAAUGGGACCCUUUCAAUAACUUCCCUAUCAGGAGAGUUUGAGAACAAGAUUCAGGAAGUUAAUUGAUGUAUUAUUUCAUAAUCCACCGUCUGUGGUGGGGAAAGUUUUAGCUAUACAUGGAGGACUAUUCCUGUAAUAAACUUCUUAUCUUUUUGUUAGGGCAUGCUUGAUACAUUCUUAUAGUGGUGAGUAUAUUGUACUAUGAACAACAGAACAAGUAU